AUGAGAUUAUCCUUUAUUGUGUUCUCCACCCAGGCACAUGUCAUUAUGCCUCUAACUGGAGACAGGUCAAAAAUCAGGAAAGGUCUUAAGGAUCUGGAGGAGGUGAAACCAGCAGGUGAGACAUAUAUACACGAAGGACUAAAACAGGCUAACGUGCAGAUUGAGAAUCAAGGAGCCUCGAGGUUCUCCAGCAUCAUCAUUGCCCUGACCGAUGGCAAGCUGGAUGGGCAGAUUCCCCUGUAUGCAGAGAAGGAGGCAAGGAAAUCCAGAGAGCUGGGAGCGAGAGUUUACUGUGUGGGAGUCCAUGAUUUUGAACAAGAGCAGCUGGAAAGAAUUGCUGAUGUGAAGGAGCAAGUCUUCCCUGUCACUGGAGGAUUCCAAGCACUCAAGGGGAUAAUCGAUUCCGUUUUGAAGCAGUCGUGCACUGAGAUCUUGUAUCUGGAGCCAUCCAGUGUCUGCGUGGGAGAGGAGUUUCAAGUUGUUCUUAGAGGAAGUGGCUUAACCCUUGUUGGGAGAACCGAUGGUGUGACUUGUACCUAUCAUGUGAACGGAACCACAAUCCAUGAGAAGCCCAAAACGGUGGAAUCUGAUUUUUUGCUCUGCCCUGCGCCAGUCCUGUACAAAAGUGGCCAGUAA